UAAACAAAGCUUAUCCUGUUUUACAGUCUGCUUGGGAGCUUUAGUUGGAGGCUAAGCGAACAAGAGACAGUCACCAGCAAAGAUUCUACUUCUUCUGAGCUUCAUUUUCAUUACCACAUUUGCCAAGUGAAAUGGCACUGCAACAUACAUUAAAGCUUCAAAAUUUAUUUUUAUCUCAUUCUAAAGCAAAACGAAGCAACACCGAGGUAUCAUCUUGUUAUUAUCGUCACCAAUCAAAGUUUUCCAGGAUUCCUUUGCUGCUGCAGGGUGGUAAAUUCAGAAGCAGUCAAGUGAGAGCAAUUCGAACAGCGGAAACUUUGAGGUCUGAUGAUGGAAAGAAAAAGCGACGAGAAGAUUCUAGUGACAGUGAUGAGGAAGAUGAUGAUCCCUCAACAAGAAGAGACAAGGUAAAUGACCCGUAUCUUAUGGAUGCUGAAGAGAGACGUGACUGGAGAAGAAAAAUUAGAGAAAUGUUGGUUAAGCAUCCCGAUGUUGAUGAGGAGAUUAAUGCUGAAGAAAAAAAGAUAAAGUUGCAAAAGCUACUAGAUGAUUACCCCCUUUCAGUGGAGGAAGAUGACCCUGAUUGGCCUGAAGAUGAUGAUGGGUGGGGAUUCAACUUGGGUCAAUUCUUCGAUAAGAUUACUAUCAAGAACAAGAAGAAGGACGACGACGAUGAAAAUUAUGACAGUGAAAAUGAGAUAGUAUGGCAAGAUGACAAUUACAUUCGUCCAAUCAAAGACAUUACCACUGCAGAAUGGGAGGAAACUGUGUUCAAAGAUAUCAGUCCUUUGAUCAUCCUAGUGCAUAAUCGCUAUAAAAGACCAAAGGAAAAUGAAAGGAUUCGAGACGAACUGGAGAAGGCUGUGCAUAUCAUAUGGAACUGCAGACUACCGUCACCACGAUGUGUUGCGGUUGAUGCUGUUGUCCAGACCAAUUUAGUCUCUGCUCUCAACGUGUCUGUUUUCCCAGAAGUUAUUUUCACUAAAGCCGGGAAGAUCUUGUACCGUGAAAAAGUGACUCGAAAUGCGGACGAGCUUUCAAAAAUGAUGGCCUACUUCUAUUAUGGAGCUGGCAAACCGCCUUGUUUGAAUGGCGCUGGUGACAGUCAGGAAUCGAUUCCAUCUGUUGCUAUCAGGAACUAAAAAUGCUCAAAUAAUGAUUGUACAGCCACUUCAGUAGAAGUGAAUCAAUUCUGUGCAACAAAUGCAAAAUUUGCUAUGAUGCAGUUCCUUCUACAAUUGGCUUAGUGUAAAAAAUGUUACUAAUUUAAUGAGUUUAGAUAUGCAUAAAAUAAAGUUUGAGCUUUUAGUUUAA